GGUUCUGGGGAGAGGUGGAGCCCCGGGAUAGGCUCUAUCCUAGCCAGGCCACCACAGGAAGUAAGGGCUAUGAAGACAAUAAUGCAGACUCUCUGAGGGGCUUUUGAGGAGGUGACAUUCUUCUGAGGCCUGGAAGAUGAGGAAGAAUCCUGCAGAGAGGCUGACUCCCCUCUCCGGACCUCGGCAAGAUGGAAGAGAAGCUGAAGAAAACCAAGAUCAUCUUCGUGGUGGGGGACCCCGUUUCUCAGGGCUUCUGAAUGGGUGGGCGCUUGCAGGCGGGCCCGGCUCAGGGAAGGGCACCCAGUGUGAGAAGAUUGUCCAGAAGUACGGCUACACCCACCUCUCCACCGGGGACCUCCUUCGGGCCGAGGUCAGCUCGGGCUCGGCCAGGGGCAAGAUGCUGUCGGAAAUCAUGGAGAAGGGGCAACUGGUGCCGCUGGAGACAGUGUUGGAUAUGCUCCGAGAUGCCAUGAUGGCCAAGGUAGAUACUUCCAAAGGCUUCCUGAUUGACGGCUACCCUCGGGAGGUGCAGCAAGGGGAGGAGUUUGAGCAGAGGAUUGGACAGCCCACACUGCUGCUGUACGUGGACGCAGGCCCCGAGACCAUGACCAAGCGGCUCCUGAAGCGCGGAGAGACCAGCGGGCGUGUGGACGACAACGAGGAGACCAUCAAGAAGCGGCUCGAUACCUAUUACAAGGCCACAGAACCCGUCAUCACCUUCUAUGAGAAACGUGGCAUUGUACGCAAGGUCAAUGCCGAAGGCUCUGUGGACAGUGUCUUCUCCCAGGUCUGCACCCACCUGGAUGCCCUCAAGUAGCGACGCUGGAGCCCCUUCCCCAGCUCAGAGCCCAGCCCCACCCUUGUCCUGACUCAGGAGCCCUGGCCUGAGCUCAGUGCCUCCGCCCUGCCUGGCUGGAGCACAGACAGAGGAAGCCACUUUAUCCUGUUUUCACGGACAGCUGAGCACUAAAGGAAUUUCCGAGGA